AUGAUGGGUUCAGGGCUGAAAAGGAACACAAAUAUUGCUCCAAAUUUCUAAUAAAUCACAGUUUAAAAAUAUAGUUAGGUGCUUUUCAUCAUCGUUAAAGGGUAUGAAUGGUGGUUUGGUUUUGUCCUCCACCACAGUGCCACAAUCACAAUGGAUGAGUUUCAAGUGGAGAUUAUUAGGUGGUGGUGGUUCAAAUUCAAUACCAUAUAAUAGUUGUAGGAUUUUUGUAAAUCAUAAUUAUGUAAAGUGCCUUUCUUCAUCAUCAUCAUCAGAAGCAGAAACAAUAAUAAAUGGUGAAUUGCGAAAAGGGUUAUUGGAACAAGUAGAUAAGGAGCUCAGUAAAGGUGAUGACAGAGCUGCACUCUCUCUUGUUAAACAAGAUUUACAAUCUAAUUUAGGUGGUCUCAAAUGCUUUGGUACAGCCCAGCAGGUACCUCAAAGGCUAUACACCUUAAGCGAACUAAAACUGAACGGCAUAGAGGCAUCGUCACUUCUAUCCCCAAAGGACAACACCCUGGGUGCUAUAGAAAGAAAUUUGUUGAUUGCAGCUUUGUUGGGCAUUGUUUCUGCCUGGAAUGUAUUUGAUUUUGGCCCUGAAGAGCUCUUAUAUAUUUCAUUGCCAGUCUUUUUCCUAUGGACAUUGGACUUGGUCGCUUUUGCUGGAGGACUCAGCAACCUUUUUCUUGAUACCAUUGGCCAUAACAUCAGUCAAAAGUAUCACAACCGAGUUAUUCAACAUGAAGCUGGACAUUUCUUGAUUGCGUAUUUGCUGGGAAUUCUUCCCAAGGCAUAUAGUCUGUCAAGUUUGGAAGCUUUUCAGAGGGAAGGAUCACUUAAUGUUCAAGCAGGGACUGUUUUUGUGGAUUUUGAGUUUACUGAACAAAUAAGCGCAGGAAGAGUAACAGCCACGAUGUUGAACAAGUUUUCAUGUAUAGCAUUAGCAGGAGUUGCAACCGAAUAUCUUCUUUAUGGUUAUGCUGAAGGAGGUCUUUCGGAUGUUAACACGUUGGAUGGGUUGCUGAAAAGCUUAGGAUUCACUCAGAAGAAAGCAGAUUCUCAAGUCCGAUGGGCUUUACUCAACACUAUCCAAAUCCUGCGCCGGCAUGAAAGAGCGAGGGCUCAUCUUGCCAAGGCCAUGUCCGAGGGGAAAUCUGUGGGAUGUUGCAUUGAUGUUAUAGAGAAAAACAUUGAUGAAACCGAUAUAUAGUGUAGUCGUCCUUCAGAUUUUCAUAUACUCCGAGUUUUGUUCCCUUUCUUUAAAAAAACUGCUGCUGGAGCAAAGCUACUGCUCAAUCACACUUGUAUAGUUGUACACGUUAACAGCAGACAAAGGUGACAAUGUAACGGUGGGAAAACGGUGCAUAAAAAAGGGCUGGCCCGUCAAAAGUCCGGUGCCUUCGCGAAUGAGGUGACAAUGUAACGGGUAAUUAUACGUAAUUAAUGUCUCGUGUAAUACACGGUGAUAUUACUCAAUGAUAUAUUAAUGUUUCAUUAGACAAA